AUGUAUGAAAGUGAAUUGCAACAGCUGGUAAUGGACCUUGACAAGUUAGUUGAAAGAAAGAAAUUGGAAUGGACAGCCAAAAUUAAACAGGGUGAGACAGCAUUGGCAGAAGAAAGGAAACUUCACAGUCAAACCAAGUCCAUUAUUGCUUUGAAAGAAGUGAAGAUUGCAAAAUUAUUGCAACUAUUGAAAGUGCUUGAAAUGAAUAAUGAGGCUGCAAAAACAGAAUAUCAGUCCACAAUAUCAAAUUUAAAUAAAUCCUUGGACAUUAUGUCAGCAGAUUUCAAAAAAUUACAAAGGAAAUAUGACAAAAUGAGCUCCCGCUCGAUAACGUGCAAACAGCGUAAACAAAAUGUUCAAAUGCUUAAUGGGUACCCAGACGAACUAUCGAAAUCCGUCCAAACAAGUCCAAUCAGACUCGAUAAUGCUGUGCUCUCUGAAUUAUCUACAAAAAGGAGUGAGAUAAAUCAAUGUUCAGAACACCUCAAUGCCAUUGAAUUGGCAUUCCGAUUAGAAGUUCAGCGAUUUGAACGUCAACUUAAUGAGCUUGUGGAGUUGAAAGCUCAACAAGAUAAAGAGAUCAAGGGACAGAAGGAUAGGCAGCCACCUAAGCCUGCCACUCGAAACAUCAAGCUUCAGUGGUCUCCUCCUUUGCAAUCUAUUAUCACUAGGGAAACAUCUUGUCAAAUCGACAUGAAGCCACGAACAUUAUCGAUUUCUACCUUAACGGAUUCCAAAUAUCUCAAUCCGCCAGAACCCGAUAUGAUUGUUAUAAACCUUAAAGAAGUUAUUCAUCAGAAGAACAGUCGUAUUGUGGAACUAGAAGAGGCUUAUUCCGUAGCUAUGGAGAUGAUGGAAACUCUAAGGUCAGAAUUGGUGGAAAACAAAACGCUAUUAGCUGAGAAAUGUGCUGAAUUAUCACAAGAGAAACUUCGAAUGCGCCCUCGUAGACAACGAGGUUUCUGUUCCAAAGCUUGCCAAUCGGAAUCAAUUCGAUUAUGUGAUCGGGAAAUUGAUGCUAAACCUAUUCAUGCAUUGGUUGCUUGCACUCAAACUGAGGAUAUAAACGGACCAAAUGAAAUUGUACCUGGUUUUCUAACCGAAGCCCUUAUGGGGCUAGACAAAAGUCAAGGUCAAAAUUCAUCAAUCGCAUGGAAUGAAAAUAAUUUUGUAGACGACUCCGUGGACACAACAGGUCAAGAAAUAAUCGACCCUCCUCCUGAUACCACUGAUGAACGACUGGCAAAUACUCAAAAUAAGGUUAAUGUAUCAAUCGAUAUUGCUGAUGCAUCCAAUGAAGAAGGAACGAACCUUCAGGCUUUAAUGGCUGAAUUAAAAUCUGCUGAAGAUAUUUGGGCUAAUCAAUUAGACGACAACACUCCUCGUUCGAGCCCUACUUGGUUGUCUACUGAACAAAAUUGCAAAUUUAAGCAAAUUUCCAGUGAUGCGGUGAGUGCUCCUGUCAUUUGCGACGGUAUGGCAGUACCGGUAACAUCAGCCAAAGCUUACUCACCAAUUUCUUGGCAUUCGAAUGAAAAACAUACAACGGAGCAAAAUCACGAACAGCAAAUCGAAAUUCAGCUUCCGGAAGUGAUCUCAGCUCUUGAUAAUGCCUACAACAAUGCAUUUGGAGGAGAGAACUUUACUGAGGAGGCUCCAAGUGUAGUCUUAGGAGCUCCGGAAUCCUCCGCAUUUGCGUACACUUCAGCAACUGCCGCUGGGGAUACUUGGAAUGAGGUACGCUGA